AACCGUCGCCACCGGAGACGAGGCCCAGCUGCGGCCCGCAGGACGAGCUUCGGAGCUGAGCGGGCGUUCUUUGCGCACCGAGCGCUGAACUGCGCGGUCAGUGGGACACGGCUUAACCGCGAGCAUGGUCGUUGGGCUGCGGUUCGCGACCUUCGUCGCCGCGGCUGCUGCGAUGCUCGCCACCGCUCCGACUACGGCUGAGUACUCGUCAAGAGAUCGGCCUCGAAUUGUGCUGGACAAUGGCAACAUGGUGUUCCAGGUGCCCAGUGCCAAGAAUAUUAGCUUCCGCACUAGCUCAGGACGCGGAGGCAUUUUUCUCAAUGGACGGGACGUGGCUGAGGUCCUUGCCAAGGUCUCAGAGGCAGCGCGGACUAUCGAACCAAUUGCGGCAAACACUCAGCUACAAACGCUGACGGAAACUGUGGAGACCGUGACCACGUUGCGCUCGCAAAUGAGCCAGUUGAGCACAAAAUGUCAACAGCUGCAGACUAAGGUUCGGAGGUUAGAGGCCAACUUGACUCGGGUGGUGAGAGUACCCAUAAACCGGUUGGUGACGGCGAUUCGAAGACUCCGCACUGGACUGAACCAAAAUUCUUGUGCCUCGAACCCAUGCAGCCACGGUGGCACAUGCAUUGGUCGUUUCAACGCGUUCACUUGCAUCUGUCCACCGUCAUGGGAGGGACUUCGUUGCGAAGUGGAUGUGGACGAGUGCUCCCACUGGGCUGGAAGUGAUCUGGGCUGCCAAAACAACGCCCGUUGCAUAAACAUGCCAGGAAGCUACCGCUGCGAGUGUGCCCAAGGGUUUUACGGAGCUCGCUGCACCGAGAGUCAAGACGCCUGCACAACAACGAGCUCACACUCACUGUGUGACCACGGUACCUGCGUCAGCCUGCCUCGCACCAAUAAUCCACCGUACAUGUGCCUGUGCGAACAAGGUUGGACCAAGGGCUUUGGCCAGCCGUCCUGCUCCGUGGAUGUAGACGAGUGCAGUACGGGUCACCAUUUCUGCUCGAGAAACCCGCCCGUAGCCUGCAUCAACUACCCGGGAGGCUUUCAAUGUGCACCGUGCCCGAGUGGUUAUUCAGGAGAUGGCUACACCUGCUCCGAUAUCGACGAGUGUCUCUUCAACAAUGGUGGCUGUUCCCAGAAUCCCCGCGUAGACUGCUACAACACUCCCGGCUCCCGCUUCUGCGGUCCCUGUCCUCCAGGAUACGUUGGUGAUGGUGUCAGCUGUAAUUACGUUGGUGCUUGCAACGUCAAUAAUGGAGGCUGCAGUCCCAUAGCCACAUGCAUCGUUCGCUCAGGCACAUUCCACGAGUGCCGCUGUCCACCGGGCUACGUAGGCAAUGGAGUUGGACCAAGCGGCUGUCUGCGCCAAGGCGACCCCGGAGUUGGCCCAUCUCAGCCUCAGCCAGUACCGGCGUUGCCCCCUGUUUUGGAUCCGUGUGCGGCGCAGCCCUGCAGACACGGCUUUUGUCAGGUCCGGGGCAACGACUUCGUGUGCGUCUGCGAGACUGGCUACUCUGGUCGGCUGUGCGACAGCACAAGCGACGCGUGUUCCAGCUCCCCGUGCCUUAACAAUGGCACAUGCAGCGGUGGUCCUGCGGGUGGUUUCGUGUGCAGCUGCACUCCGGACUGGACCGGGCCCACUUGCGACGACCCGAGGCAAAGCUGUGAUGACACUAUAUACGGCAUCAACGGAACUCUUCGCUACCCUGAAAAUGGCGACCAGUACACUCACAAGCGUGAUUGUAGGUGGAUCAUCCAGACGAAUCAAGAAAUGGUGCUGAAUCUGACCUUCACCUCAUUCAACCUGGAGGAGGGUCACGAGUGUGCAUUCGACUACCUGGAGAUCCACGACGGCCCCACGUCAUCCCGCCGCACCAUUGGGCGCUACUGCGGCACACAGCUGAGUGGCAGUAGCAUUGUAUCGAGCCAGUCGGCGAUCUACUUGCACUUCCACUCGGACAGUUCUGUUGGCGCCGAUGGGUUCGUGAUCGAGUGGACGAGUGUUGAGCCUGAGUGCGGCAAAGUGAUGCCGGUGGCGAACAUGGGUUCGGUGAGUUCUCCGGGGUACCCCGAUCACUACCCUUCGAACCGGAACUGCCUGUGGACACUGGCUGUGCCGCCAGGAAAGAGGAUCCAACUGCACAUCGCCACCGUCCAGAUGGAACACCACCCUAACUGCUCCUACGACUACUUGAAGAUCUACGACGGUGCCACAGAGCAAGACCGCCAGCUGGCUGUCUUCUGUGGCACAAACAAUUCAGCCGGCGAGCGCCCCAUCCUCAGCUCUGGACACAACAUGCUCAUCCGAUUCCAUUCAGAUGAGUCCAGCACCGACUCUGGUUUUUACGCCACCUAUGCGGCCGUACCAUCGAUCCCUGGUUGCGGCGGUGUCAUGUCGCUUGACAAAGGUCGCUUCACGUCGCCGGGCCACCCGAACCCCUAUGAGAAUGGGCUGCUCUGCGAGUGGGAGAUACGGGCGUCACCAGGCGAACGGCUGCGCCUCAUCUUCGAACGCUUCGAGCUGGAAAGCCACCCGAACUGCAAGUGGGAUGCCCUGGAGAUCUACGACGGCAGUGACGAUCGUUCACCGCUUCUGCGUCGUGUGUGUGGCGACUACGUACCUUCUCCCGUGCUCUCAACGGGCAGCUCGCUUUUUCUCCGCUUCAAGACGGACGAGAACACGCGCCUCCAGGGCUUCAGCGCACUCUACGAGACAGUGUGUGGUGGUCGGUGGACGGGACUUCAGGGCGAGCUUACAUCGCCUCGUUACCCUUCGGUGUAUCCUCGCAACCGGCAUUGCAACUACACCAUCCUGGUGCCACCGGGCAACGUCAUCAAGCUCGCUUUCCAGACAUUCGACGUUGAAAACGAUGACAACUGCAACUACGACUAUCUUGAGAUCAGUGAACUGGCCCGCAACGGGUCCACCACUCGGGUCGGUCGCUACUGCGGCUCUUCGCUGCCGCCUGUCAUUACGUCGACGUACAACCAGCUGCGCUUGGUGUUCCACACCGACCACUCCAACGAACACCACGGAUUCUUGGCGAACUACACGGCGGUUGAUAUCGGUUGCGGUGGCGUGCUCACCGAGUCUGGCAGCCUGGCGAGCCCUGCGACUCGUUCCGCGGCCAGCGAUCACAGCGACGGCGGAGACGACGGCGCCAGCGGGGGCAUCGGGGAGGCUUACCGGCACAACGUGAUGUGCCGCUGGAUCCUGCGUGCCCCGCCGGGCCACGCGGUGCGACUCAGUUUCACGCACUUCGUGCUCGAGGACUCGUCCAACUGCUCGUACGAUUACAUCGAGAUACACGACACCUCGGACCAGAUGAUUGGAAGAUUCUGCGGACUCAAGACUCCACCAACACUGACGUCAUCAGGUCGGCAGCUGGAAGUGAUCUUCCGCACCGACGACAGCGUCACGCGAGAAGGCUUCCUUGCGCAUUUCAUUUUCCUCAAUGAGAGAACGGCCUGCGGUGGCGACUACUACCUGUCCCAAGGCGUCGUCCGGUCGCCGCUCUAUCCACGUGCUUAUCUAAGUGACCGAGACUGCUCGUGGGUGCUGCACGUUCCCGAUGGCCGCCAGAUCAGGCUCAACUUCACGCACUUCGAGAUCGCAAGCGACCCGUCCUGUCGGCCCAGCUACCUCGAAAUCCUGAACGGUGGCCAAGCGACGUCACCGCUGGCAGGCCGCUUCUGCCAGCGCAACGCGCCUUCAAACUUUGUCUCUGACACCAACACUCUCCGACUGCACUUUGUGAGCGGAAGCAAUCAGCGGGCUUCGGGAUUCGAAAUCUACUACGACAGCGCACUGACAGGCUGCGGCGGUACUACGGGUGGCGCCACCGGCAGUAUCGUGUCGCCCAACUACCCGCAGCCGUACGGCCACCACGCCGAUUGUAGAUGGAACAUACACGCCAACGAGGGCUCACGCAUUUCUCUCGCCGUCGUCGACAUGGACAUCGAAAGACACAUACGAUGCCGGUACGACGCACUGGAGAUUUUCGACGGUGCGUCGGAUCGCAACAGUCGGCUCGCUCUGCUAUGCAAUGAUCAGCAGAGACCGGGACAACUGCUGUCCACCGGCAACGACAUGUUUCUACGAUUCCGCACAGACGCCUCCACAGCUGGUCGGGGAUUCCAUGUCGUCUACUCCACCGAUUGCAACGUCCAUAUCGUCAACAAGCGCCAUGGCGUCAUCGAAAGCCCGAACUACCCAGAACCUUCGCCACAUAACGCCAACUGCACUUGGACUAUCGAGGCCUUCACGGGGCACAACAUCUCCAUCGCCUUCUCCUUCUUCGAACUGGAACACGAUAACAAUUGCACCUACGACUAUGUGGAGAUAAACGAGACGGACUCCGACGGCCAUCGGAAACGGCUGGGUCGUUUUUGCGGUCAAAUAACGCUGCCCAGUCUCGUGGUGUCCUCGAAGAACAUCGUCACAGUUCAGUACGUAACCGACGGCAGCGUCUCUUCACGGGGCUUCCGACUCGAGUACGCCUGGAGAGGCUGUGGUGGCGUGCUGGUCAAGCGCAUGGGAACCAUCGAGACACCCAACUACCCGCACGGCUACCCCAAGAACACGGAAUGCCUGUGGCUCAUCAAGGCGCCGCUUGGACAACGCGUGCAGCUGUCCUUCGAAGACAUGCACCUCGAGUCAAGCAGUGGAUGUCCCUUCGAUUUUGUCAGGGUGUACGCUGGGCCUGACCUCACGUCACCCAAGAUUGCCGAGAUCUGCAGCGCCUCCAGCCGCGUCAGUGAGCUGAUAUCGCCCGGUGGUACGAUGACGGUGCACUUUCGCAGCGACGUCUCGAUUCAGGGCAAGGGCUUCCGCGCCACGUACCGUUUCGACCGACGAGGGUGCGGCGGCCGCUUUUCGACGCCGUCGGCUGACAUUACGUCCCCCGGAUAUCCGGAGAAUUACGACGCCCAGGACGACUGCACAUGGGAGAUACGUGUCGCUCAGGGUCAUGUGGUCAAUCUUCAGAUACUCGACUUCAGCAUGCCUGCCAGCACAAACUGCUCCGACAGCUACCUGGCCGUUUACGACAACUUGCGCGCCGGCGGUGACAGACUGCUGCUGCGUCACUGUGGGAACUCACUUCCGGAUCAAGUGAAUAUCACCAGCUCCUCCAACCAACUUCGUUUGAGAAUGAAGGCUUCUGGAGUCUCGGCUGGAAAGGGCUUUAAGGCACACUACACCACUGGUUGUGGAGCUACGCUGAACGCGGACAUCGGAGGAGUUUUCAGCACGAAGGAGUAUCCACGCUACAGUCCCGACACCGAGUGUUCAUGGAUCAUCCGUACAUCGCAGCCAAACGAGCAAGUGAGCCUGACACUCACACACCUGAGCCUGCCACCCAACGAGUGCCUCCACUCGAACGUGACUGUUCACGAUGGCGACAGUGUCGACUCGCCCCUGCUGCGCACGUUGUGCACUUCCCAGCUGCCGCCUGUCAUCGUGUCCCGAGGAGGUGCACUGCUGGUGCACACGUGGCAGGCCAUACUCAGGGCCCACUACGGCACAUUCAGCUCCGGCUGCGGCGGCACACUCAGUUCGCUGGAAGGAAACGUUGCCAGCCCCGGGUAUCCAGAAACGUACACGCCUUCUGUGGACUGCGUCUGGAGGAUCACUGCAGCUGAAGGAAACAUGAUGCUGCUCAGUUUCUCGUUGUUCUCCCUGGAGGAAAGCGAGUUCUGCAACAAGGACUACCUGGAAAUCCGUGAGCGCAACGCUCACGGCAAGCUUCUCGGCCGCUUCUGCGGAGAAGACACCCCGAUGAACAUCACGCUCGCCAACGGACUCUGGCUCAAAUUCCACUCGGACGACACGGACGUAGCUGCUGGAUUCUCGGCGCACUUCGCCACAAUGCGCACCGUAGACUUGGAAGGCACGUCGGGCGUGAUCGAGUCGCCGCUGUACCCGCACGACGCCCUGUCGCUGGGAACCUUCACGUGGCGGCUGCACGUACCCGACGACCUGUACCCGCGCAUCAGCUGGGACACCAUUUUCUUCACGGAGGAGUGCUGGACCAGCAGCCUCGUUCUCAUCGACGGCAUCGACGAGGGCUCACCCGAGGCUGCCAAGUACUGCAGCAGCAGGAAGCCCGAUCCCAUGGUGCUUCGCUCAUCGCACGUGCAGCUUCGGUUCGAGUCAGCUGGUGGCUACGCAAAGUGGAAGAUGCGCUGGGAGGCCGUGAACAGCAGCUACCUGCCGAGCAUGGAGCAAGGCAACGCUGGAUCUGUGUGCAACUUCAAGAUUGAACUGGAUAAUGCGACUUCCGUUACCAACAUCACCUCACCGGGGUUUCCGGAGUCUUACACCGACUACCUGAACUGCAGCUGGUCUCUAGUGGCGCCCUCAAGACGUGUAUCAAAAAUCAGCUUUAACGUGGUUGACCUGAGAAGCUGGGAACUGGUAGACAACUGCUUCUACGACUACAUCAACGUCUAUGACGUGGACCCGACGGCAGCAGCUGAGCAGCGCAAUCUGCGAAGCAUCUGCGGACAAAUAGCGAAGUCUGACUUGCCUGCCCCUCUACUCAGCUCGACAAGAUUCAUGUUGCUUCGCUUUCGGAGCACCGACGCCAGUAGGAGCGAAGUGGUCGGCAAAGGAUUCUCGGCCAGCUUCCAGUCAGUGUGCGGCGGCAACAUCACCGAGCCAUCAGGCGUGAUCCAGGAGAGCGACAUCCUCGACUCGGAGAUGCAGUGUCGUUGGCGCAUCAGUUCUGACAGGAGGGUUCCGCUGAAGAUCACCAUCGAAAACAUCAACCUCCCUUCCGACGGUGGGGCUUGCAGGAACACCUUCAUUCAGGUUCUCAAUGGAGGACAGAGUGACUCGCCUCCGCUUGGCCAGGGCAAGUUCUGUGGCAGCUCGUCGAGGGUCCAGGAACUCCCCAAGACGUCGUCAGCAACAGCAUUCAUCAUCUACCGCCGCAACAGUCCGCAGAAAGGACAAUUCCGACUGAGGUGGGAGGAAUCGGGCAUCGAGUGCGGUGGCCCGAUCCGGUUGAGCCGGGAGGUCAAGACACGUGAACUAACAUCGCCGGGCUAUCCUCACGGCGCGCCCGCACACGCAGUCAGCUGCGACUGGACCGUCAUGGGUCCAUCCAGGUCGCGCAUCAGGGUGGACUUCCCCGACUCCUUCCACAUGCGCCACGGUUGCCACGACGAGCCUGAUGAGCGUCGCAAGGACUAUGUCGAGGUGUUUGACGGUGGCACCGCCAACGCACCUUCGCUUGGUUUCUACUGUGGUUCGGACCGUGGCGACAGUCUCGUGAGCUCCGGGAACCUGAUCGCACUACGCUACGUGCAAACCAACGCUGCAGGAGACUUCCUCGGAUUCAGGUCUACAGUUACGCUUGCUGACUGUGGCGGAACCCUGUGGCCGUUCAACGAGCGCAGCCGAAACCUGGAGGAACUGCGGGAGAAGCUGGCCGAAGGCUCUUACUUCGACUGCGCCUGGCAGCUGCGUUCCCUCGACCAGACGGUGGUCGCGCUCAGCGUCAGGGGUCUCACCCUUGCUGACAGCCCUGGAUGUACUGGUCUCGACUUCCUCGAGGUGCGCGACGGAAACCGCACUGGUCCAGUGCUGGCCCAGAUCUGUGGACCGAACUCGACGCUGGACGUGCAGUCCUCGGAGAACUCCAUGUUCCUGCGUGUCAAGCUCAGUUCGGGGACGCGCCACAACCCUCGUUCUCUCACGUUGCGCUGGCACUCCGAAUUCAGCCACUGCGGUGGUGAGCAGACGGCGGACGAAGGAACCUUCACCAGUCCGGGAUUCCCGAGACCCCUGGAAGAGCGUCGCCAUUGCUACUGGACGAUCGCGGCGCCUGAAGGCAACCGGGUGUCGCUCAGCAUCGACGGAAAUAUUAACGACUGCACGGCUGUGCUACAGAUAAUGGAGCGCUUCUACCGACGCACAGUGGAGUGCGGCCACGCGCUGCCGUUCGCCUACGAGUCCUUCCAGAGUCGUAUCGUCGUCUCGUACACUUUUCAACGGCUCGCUGGAGGAUCAGGUAUCCGCGUCACCUACGGCACCACGAAGGAGCUACCCUGCUAUCAGGAGCUGACCGAGACGAGCGGUACGCUGGAGGCGCCCGCCGAAGCACUAACGAGCGGCAGCCAUUACGGCUGCGAGUGGACGCUGGCGCUGACGCCCAACCAGACCCUGGCCGUCACGGUGGACAGCAUGAACUUCACCACGACCGAGAACGCAAACUGUAGGGCCGAGUUCGUGCACGUCUCACUGAGAAAACUAAACCACGCCAUUUCGGUACCUCUGGGUGCGAGUCUAGCCAACAGACGUAGGUUGGCCCAACGUGAGAUGACGGGCCGCCUCUGCAAACAAGGGGACAGGGAGGUGGUCGUGCCACAGAGUGAGCCAAUCUCCAUCCACUAUUCGAAGGCGCACAACAAAAGUUCUGGUGGCUUCAGAGCAUCAUAUCGGGUGAACGACUGCGGUGGACGGUUGAGCAUUCGCGACAACAUGGAGUUCAUCACCACGCCGAGGUUUCCUAACAACUACCCACCGAACACCGACUGCGUCUGGAUCAUUGAGCCAGACGUCUGGGGCACCCAGGUCAAGCUGAACUUCAGCAGCUUCUCCCUAGAGGACAACUGCAGCCUCGACUGGUUGGAUGUGAAGAGUGGCAACAGCGGACUGGCGCCAAGCGUGGACCAGUACUGUGGACAGCGCAGCCCCAGCACGCUCACAAGCACCGCGUUCAUGCUCGUCUUCCAUUCGGACUCGGUGGGCUCAGCCAAAGGCUUCAACAUCAGCGUCAGUGCAGUCGGCCUUGACCCCACGCAAGGGGCGAAGACAGACAAGAUACAGAAGAAGAAGACCAAGAGGGUGGAACAAAAACAAGUGACCAACAAAGAAGAGAAGGCAAAGAAAGAAGAACCACAAGGAGCGAUGCCCGCCAAAGCUUCUCUUGAAACAGAUUGGUGGAGCCCAACCGAGAAUGACCAGGUAGAGGGAGGCAGCCGAGGAACCGAAACCGAAGAAGCUGAAGGAGGAGAGGUCCACCCUCAAACACAAACGGCUGCUAACGAAGGAGCGCUAGACAACUGGGACGAAGACAGAAAUUCACAAUCGUCACUCCCAACCAGCCGCGGAGAAAAGGGUACAGUUUUGUCUAGACUUUCCAAAGCAGACAAGAACACUAUGAGGGCUCUCAUUAAAAUCUCUACAUUGACGGGCGGCGACGAGGCGGUAGCCCAGCAGAUUGAAGCGAUAAUCUCCGAACAAGCUAAAUUGAAAAACCUGUUAAUGGAACAGGCCCAACAGAUUGCGUUCCAAAAAGGCAGGAUCGAAGAAUUGGAGAAAAGAAGACAAGAAGAACCACUCGAACAAAGGGAAGAGCCAACACAGAGCAACACUCCCGCAACCGAGAGCCGACCAACCUAUGCUCUGGUGGUAUCUUCCGGAACAAUGGAGAAAAAAGAGGUCGCAUCGCUUCUGAGGCAGCGGGUGGAUCCCCUCGACCUGGGAAUCCAAGAAGCAACAAUUCGGCCAGGGAGAGAGGGAAUUGUCGUGAUGACGAAGUCAAAAGAAGACUCAGCUAAGAUUCUCCAGUUCAUUCAGAAGGACAGAGAACUGAGAAAUGUUGAAGCCAAGCUCCCAAAGGAGAACAGGAUCCAUAAGAAAAUAAUUGGACUCGAGGAUGAAAUUGACGAGGUCAAUCUCCCAGCCCGAAUCAGUCAGGCAAAACCGUUUGAUUGCGGUGGGAACCUGACCGCGGAGAGGGGCACCUUCAGCCUCUUGCCGACGAUGGUGGACAGCGACAGUGGUUCCUCUCGCUGCACCUGGCGCAUCUACGCGCCCGAAGGACGAGCCGUCGAGCUCCAGCUGGAGCUGGGCCCCGACCAGCACGCCAUACACGGUGUGGAUUGCGCCGACGCAUUCGUGGCCAGCCGAGUCCAAGUACUGGACGGCGACAGCGACCUCGCCCCACCCAUUGCUGUUUUCUGUGGCCGUCAUGGAAGCCCGGACGCCUUCAAGAGCACUGGACGUGUCAUGACCGUAAUGCUGGUCGUCAACCCGAUGUAUCUCGUCGGAAGUGGAUUCAGGGCCUCUUACCGCUCCACGCUAGGAGAGAAGCAGGGCUGUGGCGGCACCCUUCGCCAGGAAUCCGGCUCGCUAGCACCACCCAGCCGAGACAGCUCGGGCAGCUACCCAGGUGGCCCACUCAACUGCCUCUGGACAAUCAUUGCCCGCUCGGGCUACGGCCUCGAACUGAAUGUCUCGGCUCUCAACCUGGGAAGCGGAACGCUCCCUUGCAACGCCGCCAGCGCCAACAUGCUGGAGGUGUGGGACUCCCUGGACGAGCACCAGGAGCCACUGAUACGUUUGUGCGGUCAGCGACCACCGGAGGCACCGCUGCGCUCAGCCGGAAACACAUUGCUCGUGCGUCUUGUAACCAAGGCCAAGGGAGAAGGACCAGGUUUCGCCGCCUCUUUCAAAGAACUACCACCCUUGUGCGGCGGCAGCGUCAACGUGAGCGGCGACUCGUGGCAAACCCUGCAGAGUCCGGGAUUCCCCAACACGGCGCCAGCUAACGUCCGCUGUCUAUGGGUGCUUCGAACCCAGGAGCCGGUCACCCCCAGCGGUGAAGUGCAGUUGUUCGAAACCGACGAUGUCUUUCGUGACGUCACCAUUCGCCUGAAAGAGAUGCGCUUGCCGUGUGAGGACGGCGCGUACUUGGCUCUGAUAACCACACAGAAGUAUUUGCAGCUUCCUCCCGUACGCCUGUGCGGUCACAGUGUGCCCCAGGAGUGGUUGAAGCCACACGCCUCAGCCAGCCGUGUACAGCUACUGCUGGACACGGGUCGCCGAGGAGGACAAGCCAAGCUCAAGCUCGAGUACGGCUCCAUGGCGGACGCCAAUCUGACGUACAGCCAACCGAGUGGUGUCGUUCACAACGUCGACUAUCCGGGCUGGACGACCAUCACGCAUCCGACGGUGCUGACCAUCGCCCCUGUGAACGCCACACCGACGUCCGCUAUUGCGCUCUACUUCGUUCACUUCAACGUGGGCAACCCUGUGAAUGGUUCCUGCCCCGCUGUCUUCAUGCAGGUUCGCGACGGUGGCGCCUCCUCGCGGGUCCUGGCCCACGUGUGUGGUGACAUCGACCCUGCUCCGGUGUUCUCUACCGGAAACCAGCUCAGCGUUGUCGUCAAAAACACCGCGACAUCUCACGCCAUGGGUGGAUGGGCCAUCCGUUUCUUCAUGGUUUACUACGUCAGCCCAGCAGACGCUCCGGCAGGUUGUGGCGGCAACGUCACGACCAGCGAGGGUGCUAUGUCGAGCCCAGGCUAUCCCACGACUUUCGCCCAGACCCGCAGUUGCACCUGGUUCGUGACUGGGCGCGCCAGGGCUACGCUGCAGCUAAGUUUCGUAGCGUUCGCCUUCAACUCUACCGCCGCCAACUGUGAGUCCAACUACCUGGAAGUUUACAACGGACAUCGGGAUACCCCUGACGCCAAGAUUACACGCCUCUGCGGCCAGGACAUGCCAGCGACACUUCAGUCAUCAGGCAGCCAACUUCUCGUCAAAAUGGCCACCAACGAAAAAAACACGGGCGUCGGUUUUUACGCCAGGUUCAAGGUUCAACACGAUGACCAGCGGACACGCACAGGAUUACCUUGAGAAGCAUAUCCACCCGUUCAUCCUAUUGAAUUUUCGGAUCGCGGCUCUAGUUAAGCUGUAGUCCUCACGAAGGUAUUUCGCAAGAUACUUAUGAGGACGGCAGCAGAACAACGCAUCGUCAUUGUAUUCAUAACUGAUUUCGAAAGAUUUUUUUGCAACUUGCCGGCUUGAUUGGUAUUCAUGAAUUUGCGUGUUCUGAGACAAGACACAUUCUGCCAGAAAUAUAUUUUGGCUGUUUUUACACUUUUUUUUCUUGUACCUCGCUUUCCCGUUCAGCCCCGAGCCGACAAGCGUCGUUUCGUGAAUAGUUGGAGUUGCACUUGAAGCUGAUAGUUGACGAACAAGCAUCGAAAUGGCUGUUUAAAUUUUAGAACAUAUUACUGUACAACACAAUUCGGGUAAUAAUAUUAGGCAAAUGGCAAUUGGACAAGCAAACUGUGUGUCCGCGUGGCUUACGAAACGCAAUGCAAUACGUAUGCUCGUGCGGAUCCAGCCUUGACCGCGUGAGAAGAUUAAUGUAACUUUUCCCGAAGCGCUGAUAGGUUGACAAGGGAAAACACGUGACGCUGCCCGAUGUCGUUCUAUUCCACAGCUUUUCUGCGUUCUGGUUCCGUUCUCAUUUAUAUCAUUUUAUAUCAUUGCUGUCAAUGCUCAUGCUUUCCCAAUUGUUUUGUUCAUCAUUGCAAAGUAACCGUUUAGCUGCGUCGUGUCGAGGAAUAAACUACCACGGAAAGUUGUUUUUUUUUUCAUCACAUCGUCAUCUGCCGUGCAAGAUCAUUGAGCUGCAAUUGUAUAGAAAAUCAAUCAAUAAAUUGUGUUAUCUAAGA